AUGGUUAGGGCUGACGCAUCGGUUAGCAUCAAGGUGCUCCUGAACGCCACGGCAGCGCAUUUUGGUUUUAGGCCGACUUACAGGAGGGUUUGGAUGGCGAAGCAGAAGGCCGUUGGUCUCAUCUACGGUGACUGGGAUGAGUCAUACAGCGAGAUACCUAGGUGGGUGUUGGGUGUCCAGCUGACGAUGCCUGGUACUGUUGCGGUCCUCAGGACGAGCCCGGUUAUAGUUGGAGGACAGGACGGGAACUCCAACAUUCUACCUGUCGCAUUCGCACUAGUAGAGGGUGAGAAUGCGGAGUCGUGGACAUUCUUUCUCUCGCACCUUCGGCAGCACGUGACCCCGCAGCCCGGUCUGCUGGUUAUAUCGGAUAGGCAAAACGGCAUCAAGUCUGCGCUUGAGGCCCCGGACGGAGGUUGGUUACCACCAUCUGCGUACCGUGCAUUCUGCAUACGACACGUAGUGGCUAAUUUCGCCCUUACCUUCAAGGGCAAAGACGCUAGGAGGCUUCUCGUGAAUGCAGCGUACGCAAAGACUGAGGUUGAGUUUGAUUACUGGUUUGAUAUACUGCGGUCUGAAGACCCAGCGAUGUCAUCCCUGGUGAAGGCAACAUAUGGCAGGCUGGCCGAACUCUUUGUUCGCAAGGGGCGAGAGGCUGAGGCCCAGAUGGGCACCGGACAGCAGUUCAGUCAGCAUUUGGUGAAGUGUAUCGAGGCCAACUUGAAGACGGCCAGGUGCUUCACGGUGACGUUGUAUGACCGUGAUAACUCCGAGUUCACCGUAGCGGAGACCACUCCGACUGGUACUUUCUCAUUGGGUACUUACCGAGUAUCGCUUGCCUCCCGGACAUGUGACUGUGGGUACUUUCAGGCGCUUCAUUUCCCGUGUCAGCACGCACUUGCAUGCUGUGCCUACGCACGUGUCAGCUGGAGCUCCUAUGUUCAUAGCGUCUAUCAGAUGACCUCGGUGUUCAAUGUCUAUCGGAUGGGAUUCACACCACCAAUCCCGGAGGGCUACUGGCCACCCUACGAUGGGCCCACGGUGAUUCCGGACCCAAACAGAAGGCGUGCGAGAGAGGGGAGGCCUAGAUCCACAAGGAUACGGACGAAUAUGGAUGAGGCAGAUCCAAACAGGCCAAAACGGUGUGGCCUUUGUCGCCAACCCGGACACACUAGACGUAGAUGCCCACAGGUAGUAGGAUCGUCUCAGACAGGGCGAAAUUAG